UCGGAUCGUCCAGUGUGACCGUUUCUGCUGCAAACAGCUGUUCACUGAUUUCUCAUCGCGUCGUUUACAACAAUUAAAAAUAUUGAUAAUAAAUAAAAUCAAAACAAUGGAAUCGCCCAUAUCAAAUCCCGUGGCAAAGGAUUUUCAGGUGGCUGGCGUUUCACGUAGUGGACGCGUACGCAAAAAAUCAUCCAAACUGUUGGACUUCGAGUCCCCGGAAGAAAUUGAAAAGCGCACUAAACGUCCGGGCAGGCAACCGGCCAGAUAUCCAGGACGCGGUCGACCACCCAAUGCGCUGCGCGAGCGUGAACAAGAACUGGCGCUGGCAUACGCCGAGGAGGACGACGAGGACGAUGAGCUAGAACACAAUCACAAUAUAUCCGAUGAGGAGACGACAAUACCCACAAUUGGUGGCUCAGCCGAUUUGCGUGGCGCUCUUAUGAACUCCGAUGAUGAGGUAGACACAUUGGUCCAAGAUCUGGUCGAAGGUGUCGAAGCGGAGGCCUCUUACACAAACGAUUCACGUGUCCGUCAAAGUCUCUACAUGCGUGAAAAAUCCAACAAGCGAAAGCUUCUCAAGGAUAACAAACUGCAAAGAAAGGACAAGGUGCGAGUGCGCUACACAGCUUACAGCCUCUGGGCGCGAGAGGUGCGCAAACGCGACUUUCCAGAUCUAGACUUCGCAAACGCGGCCCGAAGACUGAGCGAACUGUGGGCCAAUGUUAACAACAAAGAGAAGAACGCCUGGCGUCGCAAAGCAAAGGUACUGGCAGCAAAAGCACGCACCCGGGAAAACAAUGCUCCAGCUGAUUUGGCUCCAACGCUAACUUCGUCAAAGACAAGCAAUGGCAGCGCCUCUGCGGCAACGGCGACUCCUGACUCGUGUUUUAUGAAUCGUGCAACAACGAGCCGCACCAAGAAAUUGGCUGCAGAUCGACGCCAAUUGCCGGAACUGUCGACACCCUCGACAUGGGCACAAAGCAGACAGAAACGCAACAAUAGCCGAAUCAAGGCGACUCCAGUAGCCGGUAGCCAGGCGAGCGCAUCAGCUCGACAAAACGCAGGACAAUUGGAUAUGGAGCUGGCCAGUGGCAAGGGCACAACAUCGAGCAUUGAGGCUAUUGAUGCGGCUGCCCACUUAAAGCUGCUCGGCGAAAGUUUGACAGUGAUUGGAGAACGUUUGAAGGAGCAUAAUGGACAUGUUGCCCUCUCGGGCAGCCUAUCUGUCCUACUUGACAGUCUUUUAUGCUCGAUGGGGCCUCUGCUCUGCAUGACAACGCAAAUACCUGGGCUGGAGAAUAAGAAGCAGCUAAGCACAAAUCUGGCCACAACGUUGGACAACAUUGCGUAUGUUAUGCCAGGACUUUAAGACAAGUUCAUGAAUAUUUGUAGCUCCCCUGUAAGUAUAUUUUUAUUGGCAUAUUGUGGAGAGAACAUGAGUAUGCGCAUUUGCUCUAGGCAAAAUUAACAUAGCAACAAUAUUGUAUAAUUUAAAUAAAACAAAAACAAACCAUUGUAUAUAAGUUG